AUGCCUCUCUAUCAACCCGAGAACUUGUACGCUCCAAUUCUUUCGCAGUUCUCCCUCAAAGGGAAGAUUGCAGUGGUGACUGGAGGGUCAAGGGGUAUCGGUGCAGAAGUCGUUCGCGGGCUGGCAGAAGCUGGCGCAGACGUCGCAUUCAUCUACAAGACGAACGCCAAAGCCGACGAAACAGCUGCCCGGAUCGCAAAGGAGACGGGUGUUCGCGUCCAGGCAUAUCGAUCCGAUGUCACAUCCCGAGACCCCAUUGCGAAAACCAUCAACCAGAUCGCUAGCGAGUUCGGCGGAGGCCGCAUAGACAUAGCAGUGGCCAACGCGGGCGUCUGUGCAAACGUGAAGCCGCUCGAGUAUACGGAAAGGACAUGGCAGGAUAUGAACAGCGUCAAUUACGACGGCGUCAUGUGGACUGCGCAGGCCGUGGGAAACAUCUUCAAGAAGCAAGGGAGAAGAAACCUGGUCGUCACCGCUUCCGUGAGCGCUAUUCUGGUCAACGUGCCCCAGGAGCAGGCUGCGUACAAUGCUUCCAAGGCGGCGGUCGUGCAGCUUGCCAAAAGUCUGUCCGUCGAAUGGGCCGAUUUUGCGCGCGUCAAUUGUGUAUCGCCUGGAUACAUCCUCACCGAGAUCAAAAACAAGCAAGCGAUGACGCCUGACCAGGGCAGUUCGGUACUAAACGACCUCGACAUCAUGGAAACAGCACCGGAGCAGGAAUCUCAUGGAUUCUCUUUGGCCGAACAGAAGAGAAUCAUGAGGCGGGUUGAUAUUCGCCUUGUAGCGACUGUUGGUCUGCUGUACUGCUUCUCUGUUAUUGACCGGUCAAACCUUCCAUCUGCCGCUGUUGCCGGUAUGCGAGAAGAUUUAGACCUGACUGGCAACCGAUACUCUGUCGUGAGCUUGGCAUUCUUCACGACCUAUAUCACUUUCCAGCCAAUCUCUGUCAUUCUUGCCCGAACUUUGGGUCCGCGGGCUUACUUCACGGCUAUUACAAUGAUUUGCGGAGGCAUCGUAAUUGGAAUGGGAUUUCUGACGCACUGGGGCCAGCUUGUAGCUCUGAGAGUGAUCCUUGGUGCACUUGACUCUGGAUUUUUCCCUAGCUGUGUUUACCUUUUGAGCACUUGGUACACUCGUUACGAAGUUGGAAAACGGUACUCGGUAUUCUACAUGAUUGUCUGCUUUGCUUCUGCAUUUGCGGGAAUCUUGGCAUUCGGACUUACUCAACUUGAUGGGACUGCAAACCUCAAAGGCUGGUCGUGGAUCUUCAUCAUGGAGGGUGUUAUCACCUGCGCUAUCGGCAUUAUUGGCUAUUUUCUCCUCGUCGGAUUCCCCGAUGCUCAGAAGAGCACUUGGAGGUUUCUUUCACAGGAAGAAACUGCUUGGGUAAUUUCCAGAGUUCAAGCCGAUAGGGGAGAUGCAGAAUUGCCGCCUUUCAGCGUCGGGAAGUUUCUCAGAGGCGGGGCUGACAUCAAAGUCUGGGCUUUGUCCAUCAUCUACUUCAACAAUGCUCUUGUCAUAUUCUCUCUGUCUUUCUUCCUGCCAAUCAUCCUCAAAGACAACAUGGGCUUCGACACGGGAAAGGCUCAGAUCUUGACGGCGCCACCGUACGUGUUUGCCUCCAUCAUCACUUACACUACGGGCUGGCUGGGAGAUCGAUACAUGCUUCGAGGCCCCAUCAUUUUUGGCGACAUGGUGUUGUCAAUCGCCGGGACCUGUCUUAUGGGCUUCCAUAGUGAUGUUGCCGUUCGAUACUUGGGCGUUUUCCUCCUCGUCGCAGGGAGUGUCAGCGCCGUGCCGGCGACGAUGGCGUACCAGGCGAAUAACAUCAGAGGACAGUGGAAGCGCGCAUUUUGCAGUGCCAUGGUAGUUGGCGUUAGCGGAAUUGGUGGUAUCGCCGGCUCUCUUGUUUUCAGAAGCCAAGACAAGCCUCACUACUUGCCUGGGCUGAGCACUUGUUUGGGAUGCGCCGUUCUGAAUGUCAUAGUUGUCAUUGCCUUGAGCUUCUACUUUCGCCAUUGGAACGCGAAGGCCGAGCGCGGUAAGGUUGAGCUUGAAGCGUCGGAUGAAACUCAGGCAUCGGACUUCCGCUACACCUACUAA